AUUUGGUUAAUCUGAUUUUGAUUUCAGUCAAACAUUUCCUUGUGCUAAUUCUAGCGUUUCACAUUUGAACUGAGAUUAGAAAAGCCACCAGUCAGAAGCAGAAAGUUAAGAAUAUAAGAUAUUGCAAACAGCUAAGAACUGCAACAGGAAAAUUAUCCAAGGUGCUUGGAUUGGGCCAUAAACAGCGACGCAUUUUGGCCCAGCAAGUCGGACGGGAAAGUGGACCAAAUUCGCGGGCAGGUAAAGCUCCUCGCCAGGUAAAAGCCCCUGUUGCGGAAACCCUUGUUUUUGGUGUGACAUAUAAGACAGGGGGAUGGAUGAUUGCAGCUGUCAGAGAGAAUCGAGUCUUCGGAUCGACAACAACAUGGGCAACGUAAUGGAUCGCAAGGUGUCCUGCUCAGAGGCACGUGCCACAAACACCACGCCCACUCCGAUUGCGAGUGAAAAGGUGACGGAGGCGCCACUGAAGCCACAAGUACUGGAGCCGCAGGAGAUUGUGCCCAAUUUGUCGUUCCAUUUGUUCAGCUAUCGGCAGCAAAUGGGCAGCAAGAAGCACCAGCUGAUGAAGUGGGCCACAUCCAAGUUGGUACUCACCGAGGAGCUGCUCAAGUUGCAAACGCAACGACUGGCAGAUACCAACGAGUCCUGGACCGACUUCGCAUCCUUGUACGCCGAUAAGGAUGAUGAGGAGAAUCGUGCACCAACUGGUGACGAUACAUUAGUUCAGGAACUAAGCAACCUGAAAAACUAUCGAAUGGAAUUGAGGGACACCAUUCUGGAGUUUGCCCAGGAGAAGAUGAAGAAGCGGGAGAAAAAGAAGUUGAAGCGCCUGAAACGACGCACCCUGAUCUCCUCCAAGAAACCCAGCAACAAGAAUAAGAUCGACUACUGGUAUCCGCGUACGGAGGUCGAGGAGACGGUGGACUUGGAUCCUCAGGAUCACACGGAAGUCAUUGUCAUCGAUUAGGUUAGCAUUAUAAUUUUAUACUUUAGUCGUUAUUCUUGUUGUAAUUGUACAUAUACACUGAUAAGCUAAGGGAAUAUUCAAAAU